GAAAAUGAGUCUUAACGACUUAAUUAAUAUUUCAAAUGAGUGGAUUCUUUCCACUUUAAAGUUCGACGUAAGAUGCGACAUGGACGAGGUGACCGAAGUUAUUCUGCAAUCUCGGAAACCAUUUGUAGUUGCGAUGAAUAUGAUAGAUGCGUUUGUUCAACUUAAUUGGACUGGACCUGGAGUGUCGAGUCUUAACCUGGACGAAUAUCUGGUCACUUUGUUAUCCAGCUCAUCUGCUUUGAAACUGUUGACAGUUGAUACAGUGCCUGCUUACGAACUAUGCGAGGCACCUGGGUUGGUUUAUCUCAGUCAUCGAGUCUUGUAUUCAGACAGUUUGAAAGGGUUUGACUACGAGUGGCAAUUGGCUGUCGCUAAAAUAAGUCUCUUGAAAGUGUGGCAAUAUGUACUUGAUAGCGCCGCUAUGACAUUAAGAGAGCAAUUUCUUGAAGAGCUUCCAAUCAUAGAAGCUAAUAUUUCCAAUUUUUCCGAGUCCAAAAGGGUGCUUCUGUAUGCUCAGUUGUGUGAGACUUGUUUCAUGUUUUAUCUUCAUCGUGAGGCCACAGACUAUUUAUCAAAAGCUAUAGAAGAGUCGAAGAUUUUAAUGAAUUUUGCCGGAGAGUUAGGAGUCAACACAAAGUUCCAGAAAGAUCCUCUUUCCCAACUUUUUGUUAAAAUACUCAUAACUAAAGAAUUCGAAUCCACUUACUCGAACGAUAAAAUUUGCAGCGAAUUUCCCAAAAACAGAGCCUUGGAUGAUGAUACUUUGCUGCCUGAAACAAAGUUUAUGAAUCCAAGUGCAACCGAAAAUCCAGAUCUUUGCCUUGAACAGCAAGUUGUUGUUUGUCUCAAGUUAUAUAACCACCUAAAGCACAUGGCUAGAGAUACUUCGACAGAAUACGAGUGUAAAGCUUUGAUCAAUGCAAUUGUGAACUUCAAAUCGAAAGUCUAUCCAAUUCAAAACUACGCACUCUUUCAACGUUCAGGUAUAGAUGGAAAACACAUUAGGUAUCUUGACAGACUACUCAUGCAAAUGGAGGAUCUACAAAACUGCUAUUCUCUAUCGUCACAGGAAGACCAUAAAUCUGUCGCCUUCUUCGCGCUUCCAUGGCCGAGCAGAUGGCAAACUGAGCGACAAUAUGCAGAUAUUUUGUUUGAGCUCGGAUGUACGGCAACUGCUUUGGAGAUAUAUUUGAAGCUUGAAAUGUGGGAGAUUGCAGCUUCCUGUUAUGUGAGGUUGGAUAGAAGAACAGAGGGUACAGAUUUAAUUACAAAACGUCUAGAGGUCCAACCAACUGCAAAUUUAUGGUGUCUUCUUGGUGAUCUAAAAAGCGACCCCUCAUGUUAUCACAAAGCCCUCGAACUGACGAAUAACAAAUUCUCAAAAGCGUAUAGAUCUCUUGGUGUGUUCUAUUGCGGAGCGAAGCAAAUGGACCUUGCUAUUGAGAAUUUUGAGAAGUCCCUCGAGUUGAACGGUCUGCAACCCGCUGUGUGGUACUCGUUAGGAUGUUGUGCUAUGACAACACAGAAAUGGGAAGUUGCGCUUCGAAGUUUUCAACGAUUUGUCAAGCUAGAACCCACUAAUGCUGAAGCAUGGAGUAAUUUAGGAGCUGUCUUCAUAAACGUUAAAGACAUGGAAAAAGCUCAUCGAGCAUUUUCUGAGGCAGCUAAGCUAAGUUUUGAUAACUGGCAAAUUUGGGAGAAUUUUUUGAUCACAAGUGUAACUUUGAAACAAGUGAAUGAUGCGAUAAGAUGUAUCAGAAGGCUACUGGAACUUAAAGACCGAAAAUUGGACAUCCUUGCAUUGCAAAUGACAACUAAAUUAUUCAUUGAAUCGAAAGAAAAAAUGGACAAAAGUUCAUGGCCCAGACAAAAGGUACUGUUUCUAGAAUUUAUGGGCUUUGUUACUUCUAAAGUGUCCACAAAAUACGAAGUAUGGGAGUGCUAUGGAGAUGUUUGUUUUCAGAGCGCCGAUUCCAUAGCCGACCAAGAAAAAGGGAUACGAUUUUAUGUAAAAGCUCUCCGACAAAUGACCAACAUGCCAAAAGUUGAUGCCGACUUUGAACUGUUUAUGAAGUGCGUGAAAAAGUCUGAGAAAUUAUUGAAGUGUUUCGAAAGCUACAAUUCAAGUGUUGGCAACGACUUUCCGGAAGAUUUGAAGGGUGAAAUAUCUGGGUCAUUGAAAAACUUGAAGAACUUUUAUGCUGUCGAGUCUAUGUUUUUUGAACAUGUUACUCCAGAGACUGAAAGUAUUGUAUCAGAAUUGAAAAAAAUGGUUGAUGAUAUUGAUCGAAAAUUGAAUAUAUUGUAA